AUGAUAUUGGAGGUAGCCAUGAAGAAUGCACUGUUGGUGCUGGAAGAGCUGGUGAAGGACAGGAAUCUGCGACUGAUGGAAUGUGCUUACUGUAUCCCAUGUCUGUUUAAGAGCUGUGGCAACAGGACAGCGCAGUGUGUCAGGGGCACCAUGGCAAGCUCCGAGCCCAGCUGUGAAACACUUUCGGCAGCACAAUCCCUUGAACCAGAGACAGUGCGCAACUGGGAGCUGAGUAAAGCCUGCUGGUAUUAUCAGAGGCACUGCCAGCAGGGAACACGCCGGGAGGAGAGCUGCCUGAGAGAGAUGCAAGAACGAUGUCACUCACACAUACUUCAGUGCAGUCUAACGAACAACAUGAAGACUCCAAAAUCUGUGCUGAAGCCAGAAAGGAAAGCUUUGUGUGGUCAGAGAGCAGCGGCACCAAACCAUACCCUUGUGAUGGGGAGAAUCGUGGGCGGUCACAUGGCGGCUCCCGGGAGCUGGCCCUGGCUGGUGCUGUUGAAGUUGAAUGGGAACGUGAUGUGUGGGGGAGUGCUGGUGCAGGACUCCUGGGUAGCGACAGCUGCACACUGCUUCACAGGCAACAGAAAUGAGAAUUAUUGGCAAGUUGUCACUGGUGAAUACGAUUUAAGCAAGCAAGACACUGAAGAAAGAAUCACCCAAAUCAAUCGGAUUAUCAUUCACCCCAAGUUUAACCAGAGAACAUUCAAUAACGACAUUGCCUUGCUGGAGCUGACGGUGCCGGUCUCUGUGUCUGAGCUGGUGAGCUCUGUGUGUAUCCCUGAGAAGAUCGAGGAACUUCCUGCUGGGACCAUGUGCUACAUUGCAGGCUGGGGCUCAGUCUAUGAGGACGGGCCCUCUGCAGAUAUACUGAUGGAGGCAAAGGUGCCCCUGCUGGCUCAGAGCACGUGCAAAACUGCGUUGGGGAAGGAGCUCAUCACCAGCCAGAUGUUCUGUGCCGGCUACCUGACCGGGAAGGUUGACUCCUGCCAGGGGGAUUCAGGAGGUCCGCUGACCUGUGUGGACCCCACAUCUAAGCAGUAUUACCUGUAUGGCAUCACUUCCUGGGGAGAUGGCUGUGGGCAGCGGAACAAGCCAGGAGUUUACACCCGAGUGCCAAGCUUUACAACCUGGAUCAACGAGGAGUUAAAAAAAUCGCUUGGGAGCCGAGAGCCCACCUGCUAUGAUUUUCAGAAGCUGUUGGAGGUGCAGGAGGCGCAACGACAGUCAGAGGUUACUCGCCUCUGCGCUUUCUACUCCAAAGUGUGCCCCCCAUCUCUGGGGUCAGCAGCCUGUAACCAGAGCGCACAGCAGAAGUGUCAGAUGAAAAUGAAAACCUGCGAGGUCAGGACGUUCCUGCAGAACCUGCUGGAGCUGUUGGGGCAGGUGCAGGACUUUCUGCGAAGCGAGGGCAACUUCUCGUUCUUCACCGACACGAUCCCCAAAUUCAUGGAGGAUAUCUACAGCAACAUCUUUACAUCACUGGAGCAGCAGCCGUCGCAGAGUGAGGCAGAACAGAUACAUUCAGCUGGGCUAAAAGAGGAAAGACACAGACGGUCUCUGAGGCCAGACACUGGGUCAGACACGCAACAGGAAGUCAGCAACAGAACUGUAGAAAUGGGAACAGCAGAGGUUCGGUCACUGUUUGAAGAGAUUGGACCAGGUUUGGAUGAUUGGGUCCAUUACUUCAGUGGAAUCACUGAAUGGAUGGAGUCCGGUGCUGGAAACGUGGAGCAAAAGGACGCAAUCAGCAAAGAGAAACAGCUCUUUAUACAGAGUUCCAAAGCACAGGUGGAAACCCUGAAAGAACAACUUCAAUCUCUGAUAAGAAGUCUGAGGUCCCAGCCUGAGAUGGGUGAUCUGCUAAACCACACACAGAUUCUGGACGGAGCUAAGCUAUUGACAUCACUGAAGCACAAUGGAUUGAAUAUCUCAAUGCAUGAAUCAAAGGUGAAGAAACGAGAUGUUUCGAAGGUGCUAGCUGAGUCAGAAACCCAUCUACAAACCACUGACCCAGGGUGUCUGAGCGUGAACGAAUCACUAUUGAAUCUCUCUAUAUUGAUGGAUAGCUAUAAGUGGAUUCUGAACAUCCCAGUGGAGGAGCUGUCGAUGAAAUUUCAGGAGGUACUGGUGGACAUGACUUCCAAAAACGAGAAGGAACUGUACAGGGCACGAGUAAAAGCCCUGGUUGCAGGACGUUCCAUCAGCUUUAAUUGCCUGAUGGGAGUGCAGAAUGAUUCCUUCUCCAGGAGCAUGGCACGGGUCAUCGCUUUGGCCCUGGACUCUUUAAAGACAUAGUGGGAGCCAGAGGAUUCCUUACUUGGGAAUGAUAUUACUUCUCGAAAAGAUUAGAACAUCUGGGCAGGACUUUUAAAUUGGUUGGGGUCUGGCUUGAGUUCUCCAGAACUCUAAUCUGUGAGCAGUCAGAAAACGUAUUGGAAGACACGUGUGGAGUGUUUGGCAAUGAAAUGGCAAUUGGGGAUGAAAGGAGCUCCAUGCGUGGAACUCUGCCUGGGGGGAAAUAUGUGUGUCUAUACUUGCUUUAUUUGAGGAUUGAAUUGUUUGACAGCUCGUAUUUGGCCAUUGCCGAUGGGUUAGAGUCAACAUUGUUUGCCAGAUCCAUACAUAGGCAGGAUUCGAGUGAGGUGGAGUGACCUUAUGUGGAGAACUCUGACCUUUGCUUUUCUGCUGAUUUAAAAUGAAGCAGAAUUUUAAAAAAAAAACAGCUUGUGCAUCUUACAGCAGAAGUAAACGGGGGGCAAAAAAGGACUUAUUAUAAAACUAGACUGUUGGUGUCCAGGGUUACAUCUUAGAUAUUUCUGGACCAUUUGUUAUAAAAAGCGUCUGGUCAAAAAUGGGAUGAUAGUGUCCAUCUCUGGUUUAGUGGAAGUGUUAAGUGGUCUAUCACAGGCUGAGCACUGAAAGCAGCAAUUGUUUCCUUAUGUAAAAUGCUUAAUCCCAUUAUAAAGAUCUCAUGGCAGAAAAUCAAUGGUUUUAGAGCAGAUUACAAAACAAUAAUGAUUGAAUUCUUGCCCUUUGCAAGAGAUAAUCUCUUUGGGUUAAAUAGUUCUGUCAUACAAGGGGAGUAAAGCAUGCUCACAGCUAGAUAUUUUCGAAUACCCACACAUCCUUGAUAGCUGAGGACAUACACAUCUGCCAAAUGCUCGACUAUCCCUGAAAUCCAGCAUCAAACCUGCAAAGAACAUUGACUGAGUCUUUUUAGUGCCUUCCUGCAUAUGUGGCUCUUGACUUCUACAAUCCCCUGUGCUGUAAAUAUGUAAAUUCUGCAUCCAGCAAAUGAUAAUUAUGUCACAGAAACAAGCAGGUUUCAUUGAGAUUUUGGGACAUUGAGUGUCCGAAACAUUGAGUGUUCGACCCAAUUGUGUGUUAAACAAUCCAGCAACUAGGAGGUUUGAGCCAAAGCUGCCAUUUAAACUAUCAGAUUGGGCAAUUCUGUCCUGGUGGAGUGAAACCACUUGUCUCUUCUGUAACUUGAUGAACUCCCUGAUGGUUGUACUCAAAGGGCGUGGCUAAUGUAAUUUCAAUCAGCAAACUGGAUUUCUAACCUGGGACCUUGCAUAACAUUUCUGCUUUUUGUAAAACUACAUGUACAUACGGUGAAGGACGCAGUGACUGAGACUAAGGGACUGUACUGCUGUUACCAUUGUUGUCGACAGGAAGACUUUAUUUAUUAUUUGUACUUUUUUAUAUAAUUCUUUUAUUUUGUGCUGAAAAGCAUUGAUCGCCUGAA